AAGUAUGAUGCAUAUAGUGUGAAAUUUCCCUUUUUAUUAAUUAAGGUAUGUUUAAGCAUAGAAGCUCCAUAUUAGUAAUUUCAAAUCGAGCGUAAUUUUGGCGCGUAACUUAUAGGAAAAGCCCGCUAAAACCCUAAAAGCAUUUCAGAUUCCAUUUUCUAUCUUAUUUUCCCCCUCACCAAACAAAAAGUAAAAUUCGAGUUUCCUUGAUCUUGAAACUUGAAACCCCACGAAAACUCGCGAGAUCUGUCUUCGGUAUUUGGUUCGACCUCGUUUCGGAGAUGUACGGCAGAAAGGCGUGCCAACUUGUUAGAGAAUUUUCGGCAGGAGAAAAAGGCCAGCUUACGCCCUUCAAUAGCAACCUAUUUGAUCAAGUAAUUGCAGAAUGUAGCCAGCAUUAUCUUGAACUUCAAGCCUUGAUAAGGAAAAUGCAGGAGAAAGAAUUAGAUGUACAAACAACCAAAAAUGAAGACCAUUAUGGGUCACUCGUUCACCACCUUUCUUUAGUUCGCAACAAACGCUGCCUAAUGUCAUAUAUAUACAACCGAGCUGAAAUUAUGCGAAAUUUGAUUUGGAAGGUUGGGUCGGUGCUUCCACAAGAAAUUCAAGAGAAGCUCAGUCACAACGAGCAAAAGUAUUUUAAGAAACAUUCUGCAUCUUUGGACACAUAUAUGUCAAAAAUUGAGCUUGGUUUGGCCGUGGAUAUGGUGCCGCCAAAAGAUCCCUACAUUAAAGUGAGGGUCCUUGAUGAUAUAGGUGAAGGAAUAUUAUUAAGCGAUAAUAAGACAGCCAAUUUCACUCCGCACUCCAUGCAUUUUCUUAAACGAAUUGAUGCUGAACAGUUUAUCUCAAGGGGCUUGAUGGAGGAGCUUACAGGCUAACACAGAAGACUUCGCUUAUUAUUUUCUGUUUCUUCCGUUACAAUGAGAUGAUUCUAUCCGACCCUCCUCUUCUGUGCUCUAUUUUUCCCCCUAAUAAAAUCUAAAUCUUUGUACAACUUGAAUAGGAUAAUUUUUUCUUUUCUUUUUGUAUUAGCUAGACAAUAACAUUCCGGCUUGUAGGGCAAGGUAAGCUUCUCCUAAGAUAUGGCAUCAUCCAUAAUUCUUAUAUGGUUGGUUGCUCGUACAGAAACAGUAUUUAACAUGAUGAUUGUGGUAGGAAAGUUAUUUUUUUUAA